GAGAAAAUUGUUUCAGACUCUUUAAGAAUUAAGGGAAAAAAAUGGAGCUAGAAUUGCUGGGUCACUUCCUUUUUCAACCUAUACUAGGGCUCACCACAACAUUGGGGCCCCUGUGGACGCAGGGCAUUGUAAGCAAAUGCGAUUGAAACUGGUUAAAUAUGUGGCUCUAGAAAAGCAGCCUGUAGGUGAUUAGGGAUGGAGAUAUGGACUGUAUGUGAAUCUUAAUUUUUGCAAUUCAUUAGAGCUUUGUGAUGAAAGGAAACAGUUUGCUGCUUGCUUCAAGGGUAGGUUCAUUUGCAUUUCUCUGCAAGGAAGUAGUAAUGAGUCACCAAGCCUUAGAUUUCACCCCUUCUUGAUUUCUUGCUGAGUUAACUUUAAUUGAAUGGAAGAGUAAUCGUAAAUGAAUUAGCUUGAAAAUACACGCAGUUAAGGAAGGAUGCGUGGAAGAUGCCACUAGGGGAAUGGAGAUGACUAGGACUAGUCAUGCAUCUACACGUAAAACUGUUGGAUGUGACUGUAUGCACAUUGCUCCCAUAACAUAAGGGAAAUGCUUACAAUCAUGGGAGAGCAUAAAGGUCUGGCCCAUACAAUUUCCUUUGGAAUAUCAAGAUUAGAAAGGACUUCAAAGAUAAACUAAUUAGAUGGAUUUUUGAGUAAAAGGCUCUGAAUUAGAAGGGAACAGAGAAAAAAAUUGGACUGCUUUCCAUCCUCCCGUAGAUUUCUAGGAUAUUCAGUUUUCUCAAUUAGAAAAUGAGAAUAUGCUUAUUAAAUUUAAAAGUAAUUUUUUUUAUACAUACUUGCAUAAAAUGAUCCUGACUACUGGGGAACCAUGGUUUGAAUUCUUUUAUGAAACAGCUGCAUGAUAACAACAAAAACUGGAUUAUACUUAUUUUGGCCAGUAUUUACCGAGGAUGCCUAUAUCUUUUGGACAAGUGUCUUUAUAAAAGGCUUCCAUUUGGGGAUCAGUCAGAAGCUGUUCCAUAGAAACAGGAUUUUUUUUUUUUUUUUUUUAAUUCGGGAAGUUUUGUGUUUUUAGAAAUUUAUUUUGCUAUUUUCCAAACGUGAGAAAAUGCUAAGAAUUGUGUGCUCACAUAAGAGACUGUUAAAAACAGAACAAACUGAGGGUUGAUGGGGGUGGGAGGGAGGGCAGGGUGGGUGAUGGGUAUUGAGGAGGGCACCUUUUGGGAUGAGCACUGGGUGUUGUAUGGAAACCAAUUUGACAGUAAAUUUCAUGUAUUAAAAAAAUAAAUAAAUAAAAAUAAAGUUAGUCACGUAUUGAUUUUAAAAAAAAAAAAAAGAAUUGUGUGCUCACAAUUUUUAUUUAAUAUUUACACAUGCUUGGGGCACCUGGGUGGCUCAGUCAUUAGAGGGACUGACUUUUGAUUUCAGCUUAGGUCAUGAUCUCACAGUUCGAGAGAUUGAACCCCACAUCGGGCUCUGCACUGACAGUGCAGAGCCUGCUUGGGAUUCUCGCUCUCCUUCUCUUUCUGCCCCUCCCCCACUCAUUCACAAGCGUGAGCUCUCAUUGUGUCUGUCUGUCUCUCAAAUAAACUUAAAAAAAAUCUUUAAAAAAGUAAUUACACAUGCUUCAAAUAUAUUUACUUCAUGACUUCUAAUGGGCAAAAUGUCAGUGAGUGCAUUUUUGCCUUUCUUGCCGAUAAAAUUUUCUCAGAAAUGAGCCACAGAAGUGUGUAAUUCUUGGAGUCAAAGGUCUGAAUUAACACAUGCCAGCAUAAGACUUAAUGAUGUGUGGUCAUUUUUUUAAAAAGGCAAGAAAUACCUAAGAACCUCCUGUCUCUGUCCCAAUUCUCUGGUUCAUUAAAGGCUCACUAUAAGUAACUGAAAUGCUUUCCUUGGGAGGAUUUAUUUGAAUCAGUCUUUCACAUACAAAGGAUAUUGUAGGAGAAAACUCCCCACAUGUUGUUAAAAGCAUCCUGAUUUUGCUGGCAGGAAUAUGAACAUCUGUUGUAAGGAAAGAAAAACUUCCAUCCAGAUUACACAGGCAAAGAAGAGUAGGGAUGUUCAAGUUGAGAAACCAGUGAGUGACAUUUCUUGUAACUGUACUAUGAGUCAGCACAUUUUUAAUCUUCCUGAUAAUAUAUGGCAAUGUAGUGAGGUAAGAGAGAGCAGUGUUCAUUUGACGUAUGCAUUAUUUUAUUUUCGAGUGUGUGUGUGCAUGACUUCAUGGCAUUGACAUUUCUGUCUUUUAAAUGAGGAUAACAGUAAAUUGUAGUCCAUGGAUGGCUGACUGGAAUCUCAUACCCGUAGCUUUAGAAAGCAGUCUCCGCCCAGCGAAGAGUGCAGAGCGAUGGAACCCCAUGUUCCUGGAAGUUUGCACAUCAGAGUAAACAAACUUGAAAACCCCUCUUGAUAGCAGAAUUCACCCAGCCUUGUUCCAUUUUCUCUUAACAAAACACACCGCAAAAGCUCUCACAAGCUGCUUUGAUGAAGCCACAUGUAUUUCCCCCUUCACAAUUUACAGGAAGUUACUCUUAAAAGAAAGUGAUUCUGGUGUUUACUGCCUGUGUUAAAGGGACAGAGUUCCUUUUUGUUUCUGAUAACGUUUGAGUGAAAUACAGAAACGAUUUAUAGACUAUCAUAGUCAGUAUGUGACUAGGAACAAAGCAAUAACCUGCUGUCCGGUUAGAGCAAAAUUUCUGCUAUGAACAGUGCCCUACUACGCGAGGACUACAAGUUGCAGAUAACCAGAUCUAUUCCAGAGGGGAGCUUCACCACUUCAUCGAUGGCUUCAAUGAGGAGAAAAGCAACUGGAUGCGCUAUGUGAAUCCGGCGCACUCUGCCCGGGAGCAAAAUCUGGCUGCGUGUCAGAACGGGAUGAACAUCUACUUCUACACCAUUAAGCCCAUCCCUGCCAACCAGGAGCUUCUUGUGUGGUAUUGUCGGGACUUUGCAGAAAGGCUUCACUACCCUUAUCCCGGAGAGCUGACAAUGAUGAAUCUCACACAAACACAGAGCCAUCCAAAGCAGCCGAGCACCGAGAAAAAUGAACUGUGCCCCAAGAAUGUCCCAAAGAGAGAGUACAGCGUGAAGGAGAUCCUGAAACUGGACUCGAACCCCUCCAAAGGAAAGGACUGCUACCGCUCCAACAUUUCCCCCCUCGCCCCAGAAAAGGACGCGGACGACUUCCGAAAAAACGGGAGCCCCGAAAUGCCCUUCUACCCUCGGGUCGUUUACCCGCUCCGGGCCCCUCUGCCGGAGAACUUUUUGAAAGCCUAUGGGAUGGAGAGGCCGACCUACAUCACUCACUCCCCCAUCCCGUCCUCCACGACCCCGAGCCCCUCGGCGAGAAGCAGCCCCGACCAAAGCCUCAAAAGCUGCAGCCCGCACAGCAGCCCGGGGAACACGGUGUCGCCCCUGGCGCCCUGCCCUCCGGAACACCGGGACUCGUACGCCUACUUGAACGCCCCCUACGGCCCGGAAGGCUUGGGCUCCUACCCGGGGUACGCGCCGGCCCCGCACCUGCCCCCGGCCUUCAUCCCCUCCUACAACGCCCACUACUCCAAGUACCUUCUGCCCCCCUACGGCGUGAAUUGCAACGGCCUGGGCGCCAUGGGCAACAUGGGCAACAUGGGCGGCGUGGGCAACCUGGGCCUCUUCCCCCGGCUCUACCCCGUCUACAGCAGCCUCCUGGGCGGCGGCAGCCUGCCGCACCCCCUGCUCAGCCCGGCCUCCCUGCCCAGCUCGCUGCCCUCGGACGGAGCCCGCAGGCCGCUGCAGCCCGACCACGCGCGCGAGGUGCUCGUCCCGGCGCCGCACAGUGCCUUCUCCCUCCCCGGGGCGGCCGCCAGCAUGAAGGACAGGGCGAGCAGCCCCACCAGCGGGUCGCCCACGGCAGGCACGGCCGCCUCGGCGGAGCACGUGGUGCAGCCCAAAGCUACCUCAGCGGCGCUGGCGGCCCCCGGCAGUGACGAAGCCAUGAAUCUCAUUAAAAACAAAAGAAAUAUGACGGGCUACAAGACGCUGCCCUACCCCCUUAAAAAGCAGAACGGCAAGAUUAAAUAUGAAUGCAACGUUUGCGCCAAGACGUUCGGCCAGCUCUCCAACCUGAAGGUCCACCUCAGAGUGCACAGCGGAGAACGGCCUUUCAAAUGCCAGACUUGCAACAAGGGCUUUACUCAGCUGGCCCACCUGCAGAAACACUACCUGGUACACACGGGAGAGAAGCCACACGAAUGCCAGGUUUGCCACAAGCGAUUUAGCAGCACCAGCAAUCUCAAGACCCACCUGCGACUCCACUCUGGAGAGAAGCCGUACCAGUGCAAGGUGUGCCCUGCCAAGUUCACCCAGUUUGUGCACCUGAAACUCCACAAGCGCCUACACACCCGGGAGCGGCCCCACAAGUGUGCCCACUGCCACAAGAGCUACAUCCAUCUCUGCAGCCUCAAGGUCCACCUGAAGGGGAACUGUCCUGUGGCCCCGGCCACGGGGAUUCCUUUGGAGGACCUGACCCGGAUCAACGAAGAAAUCGAGAAGUUUGACAUCAGUGACAACGCCGACCGGCUCGAGGACGUGGAGGACAACAUCGAUGUGACCUCUGUGGUGGAGAAAGAAAUUCUGGCCAUGGUCAGGAAAGAGAAAGAAGAGACUGGCCUGAAAGUGUCUUUGCAAAGAAACAUGGGGAAUGGACUCCUCUCAGGGUGUAGCCUUUAUGAGUCAUCAGACCCGUCCCUCAUGAAGUUGGCUCACAGCAACCCACUACCUCUGGGGCCUGUAAAGGUCAAACAGGAAACAGUAGAACCAAUGGAUCCUUAAGAUUUUCAGAAAACAACAAGUGUUUUGUUUUGUUUCGUAACUUAUGACUUGGCAAGUCAGGGUGCCUGUAGCAGAUGCUUGUACAUAAUUCCAGUGCUGCAAAGCUCUCCUGACAGCAGAUGGUUUCCCCUCACCUCUCUGGAAUAAAAGAAGGAACUCCAAAGUUAUGGAAAUCUCAGGGCAUAAAUGAGGCAAAGACAAUAUAUAUAUACAUAUUAUAUAUACUUAUUUACACCCCAUCUAUAUAUUUGAACCUGUGUAUUUUGACUAUUUGUGUGGAUAUGUUUGCAUAGCCUUCCCAUUGCUAAGACUAUUGCCUAGCCAUAAUUAUUUUUUCAAUGAUAAUCCUUCAUAAUUUAUUAUACAGUUUAUCGUUCAAAAAGCAAUAAUUAAAAAAGUUUACAAUGACUGGAAAAAUUCCUUGUAAUUUGAGUUAUAAAUGUUAGAGUUUUGUCUUGUGGCCAUUCUUUGUAGAUAAUUUCUGCACAUCCGUCUAAGUACUUAAGAUUUGGUAAAGAAAUACAUUACUUCAGUUGACCUCCCUUUGUGAUAACAGUUUGAAAACGAGGUUUGGUAUUGCCAAAGUUAGACAGUUGAUGUGUUAAUUCAUAAGAUCUGUCAUUUGAGCAGCAUUGUAUACCUUGGGGGGAACGUGUGCAGAAUUACCCAACAAUAACUUAGAAGAAACAAGAAAGGGAAUCUUGUGUGCUUCCGUAGGUAGUUCAGAUUUUUUUUUUCUUCCCUAGCCAGGGAUUUACCAGAAAGGAGACAAGGCUUUGCCGACCCGUCUCCCUCUCCAAAAUGCAGGGACACCCCACCCCAAAGUCAUGUGACCAUUCAGAGUGGUCACAUGACUUCUGCAUCCCAGUGUAUUAUCUGAAAAUGUGAAGAAGACAAAAUGCCAUGUUUCAAACCACUGCAAAAUGUUCCCAAAGCACAGGUGGUUUCGUAUGUUUGAGGUUUGGGGGCUUGAGUCUGGGUGUUGUUACUGGGUUUUUUGUUGUUGUUAUGUCAAAAUUGCACAAACAUGGUGCUCUACCAGGAAGGAUUUGAGGUAGAUAGGCUCAGGCCACACUUAAAAAACAAAAACCGAAAAACGGGUAUUCUUGUUGUCUUAGGGUAAAAGCAGGCAAUGCAUGUUCCUAGUCCCAAUACAUCAAUUGUAUUUUUUUUUCUGUAAAACUCAGAUUUUCCUCAGUAUUUGUCUUUUUACAUUUUAUGGUUAAUUUAAGAUGAAAGGGCAUUGCAAAGUUGUUCACAACAAUUACCUCAUUGAGUGUGUCCAGUAGUGCAGGAAAGGAUGUCUUAUCUAAUGAUUUGCUACUCUAGAGGAGAAACUAAGUGUGCUCCAGAAAGAUAGAAUGUGUGCCAUUCUGUCUUUUACUCUGCUAAGCCCAAAGAUUACAUGUCAGCAUUCAAGGUGUAGCAAAGAAUGAUGUAUAUUUAUAAAUCUAUUUAUACCACUAUACCAUGUGUAUAUAUAAUAUAUUUAUAACCACUUAAAUUGUGAGUCAAACCAUGUAAAAGAACCUACGCUUCCUAAGGGCAAAAAAGAAAAAAAAAAACACAAAACAAUCCUUUCUAAGAUUUUGCUUCACACAUGACCUCACAAUCACAUUGGUGAGCUUGGGCACCCCCUCGCCAUUGGAAGAGACCUGAAAACCUUGGUGCAAAGGCGGGGCACUGCAUAACAACCAAGGAGAGAGAGUCCUCAUUUUUCACCAAUAAGGACAAUCUAAGAUGGCUUUAUUUUUGUUUGGCCACGUUAUGAGUCCGGUCACACCCAAGUCACAGAAAUAGUCCCAUUACUCCCUUUACCACUGUUAACUUUUCUCUCUUCAUUUCCUUCCUUCCUAAAUAACUGAUGCAUCACUAAUCAACCUGGUUUAUAUAUUCAGCCUUUUAUUGAUGGCAACUAAUGACAACCUGCAGAAAAGAACAACAAAUUUAGGAUAAUCCAGGGAAACCUAAGAGCCUUACUGAUCUGUUCCUGUAAGUAGCAAAACUGACAAUUUCUUUAUGGAUCAGGGUUUGACAAACACAGUCCUUAACUGUAGGUAAACCAAAGCAUCACACUCUGACAUUGACACCAAAUACUUCCUAUUCUGCUCCUUUGUUCUUUUCCCUUUUGUGCUUUCUUAUUUGUGGGAAUUUUUACCAAGACCUGUGUGGCUUGCGACUUCUUGAUUCUCUUUACCAUUUGACUUCCCCUCGUAGGCCUCUUACAUGUGAAUGUUGAGCCCACAAUCAACAGUGGUUUUAUUUUUUUUCCUCUAAUCAAAGUUAAAACUGACCAAAGUUAUUGGCUUUUUACUUUGCUAGAACAACCAACUAUCUUAUGUUUACGUACUGGUUUACAUUGUUAUUUAUGUGCAAAUUGUCAAAAUGUAAAUUAAAUAUAAAUGUUCAUGCUUUACCGA